AUGUAUUCCAAGCUAAUGGAACUGCUGUCAUGUCUUGUGAUGCUUCAGGCACCAAUAUACUUGGUACUAAUACUUCGUUUUAAUGUGAGAAUCUUACUUGUGAUCCUAGUUGUAAAACCUGCUCAGAAUCCAAUGAUGCAAACAAAUGCACAGCUUGCAAUACUGGUUCCUACUUAAGCUCAAACCCUGGAAAAUGUACUACUUGUCCUCCUUAGUUAAAUUGCUUAGAAUGUUCCAAUAGCGUUACAUGCAUAACUUGUUAAACUGGAUAUAUUUUAUAGAAUGAUGGAUCUUGUAAGUAACCUUGUGAUUAAAGUUGUAAAACUUGCAGCACUCCUUAAGAUGCUACUUAAUGCACUUCUUGCAAUGAUGGAUACUAUCUGA